ACUGGACAUGCCAAAUUAAAGACAGGAAACGAAGAGGCGUGCUCUAUUGCAGGCUUUUUCCUAUUACAACCGGAAGUUUAUCAAGUCAGGUGUUUCGCUGGCCAACUUUCCCCAGUUUACACACGGAAGGGAGCAAAGGUGCAGACACUCGCGAGCCAAGAACCGAGGCAGUAGUUGUAGUUGCAAACCUGCGACGACUCGAGGCUGAGUGCAGGAGGUUAAAAUGGGAUUCAUCUUUUCAAAGUCAAUAAAUGAAAAUAUGAAGAAUCAGCAGGAAUUCAUGCUCAUGAACUCUAGACUCCAGCUGGAAAGACAACUGCUGAUGCAAAAUCAGAUGCGAGAGAGGCAAUUGGCUAUGCAAAUUGCUUGGUCAAGAGAAUUUCUCAAGUAUUUUGGGGCAUUUUUUGGACUUGCAGCUGUGGGUCUUACAACUGGGGCUAUUAAAAAUAAGAAGCCUGGACUUUUUCUUCCAAUGGUUCCUUUAAGCUUUAUCCUUGCCUACCAGUAUGAUAUGGGUUAUGGCUCACUUCUACGAAGAAUGAAAGGUGAAGCAGAGAACAUACUCGACACAGACUGCGCUCUGCUAGAAAUGCCAAAAGGACCCCUCACUUUUGAAGGCCUUGAAAAAGCCAGAAGAGCACAGAACAAGUUUUUUAUUGAAAGAUAAUUUGUUCAUACAGCAGUGCUACAGAGAACAAGGACACAUAUUUGUAAUCAUGUUGCUGACUUUAAUAUGAUGAAAUAAUCAUGCAUAAAACCCCUUCAAAAGAGCUAGAAGCUUCCCAUUAAUCAGGCCAUUGGUGAAAAAGGUUGAGCGGGGAAUGAUUGACUGGCUGCUCCCCCUCCCCCCUUAGGUCAAGAGUUCUCUUUUUGAUUGGGGCUUGCAUGUAGUGGUGGCUGUUUGGAUCAGAGGAGCUAUUAUGCACAUAGAAACCCACUUGGAUCUCAGUGAAAAUGUGUUUUUGAGUGUUUGUAUUUGGUCAGAAUACAACGUACUUUGUGGAAACAAAGCAAUUGGCCUUUCCUCUGUACUUGCCUUUUUAUUUUUAUGGGUGCUGCAGAACAUCUUCCUGACCUUGUAAAUGUCAUAAAUGCCUUGUUUUCAGUUAAUGAAUUACAGUGAUUCUCAAACGGUAUUUGCCAACUCCUUUGAGGACUGUGGGGAACCUGGAGGGAGGAUGCAAACUACUAAAAAGAGAGAAGAUCCUGGAGCUCCCCUGCAGACAAGACUUGGGUAAACUAAACACACCCCAGUAAUAGAUGCCUCUAAUCCACUUUAGAGUUGUGCAGGCUCCUGUCAUUCAAACCUUCUACUAAUGACCUCCCUGUGUUGACUCAACAAGUGGAGAGCAGGAAUAAGCACUUCUGGAAAGCCACAUAUUCAGUCACAGAGAGGGCGCAUACAUUUAGAUACCUCCUCUGUGAACAAGGUGGGGCAGUGUGCUUCCUUCCGUCCACUCACAUGUAGAAGUUUGUAAUGAGGUUUGGAAAGAACUGCAGCUUUUUUGUGUUUCUGUGCAUGAGGCUUUGGGAAGUGGAUCACAGAUAGGGGCUGUUGUUUCUCAUUGAAUGUCAGUGUGGAAUUACUACCCCAGAAGAUUCCCGCAUUCAAGCAGGAGGCUAUAUGCACAAGACUGCUUUUUUGCAUACUCACCUUUAGCAUGGAUUAGAGACGCUAACGGAAAAGGGCCCUUUCUGCACAUGCUGUUUAUCAUAUAUGCCAAAUGGUACUUUUUUCCUUUUUACUUCCACACUUUUUUCUCUGUUUGGUUCUGAAAAUGUUUCAUUCAUUUUUCCUCUGUGGUUUUCCAAAGCACUUUUAGUGCUAUGUUUUUUAUGUUUCCAAAACAGCUUCCCUUAAACAUGUGAUCAUGUUGGAACAGUCUUUACUUCUCCACCCCACCAAACACAUGGUUCUUGUCCAUGCCCCCAUGUAGUUGCCCAACCUCUCCUUCACUCAUUUCCUCCUCCCCCUCCUCCUCCAUUUUUGAAAAGAUUUUUAAAAAAUCUUUGUCUUAUUUAAUUAGUGAAGCAACACCGAGGCAGACACACAUAAGCAGGGCAAUUGGACCAACUUCAAUUGGUCAAUUUCAUAUAGAACUCGAAAUGGAACAUUCAAGCACAGAUACAAGCAAUCAGGGUUGAUUUUUGGGGUGUAACGUUAGGGCACAGACACAAACAUCAUCUCUGUUUAACAGGUAUGCCCGUGCCAAAUGGGGAAAGACAAGGCUACAGAGUAUGUAUUAUUGCAUUGCUGUUAUUACAAAAGCAUUUGCUCUCAAUGUAUCAUGCCAGUGCUAGCAGAUACCCCAGGAAGAUCAGAUCAGUUCAAUACUUCGCUCCUUCUUUCUGAUCUUUCCUUGGAAAAAUCCUGUGUGCAUAAAAAGCCUAUAUGUUUAGAAAGGAUUAAAGUUCAAAUUGGAGAAAAGUUUUCACAUUAAACGGUGGGCAGGGGUUGAAAAGCAAGAUUAGAACGUUAUGGGUUGUAUCAAGCAAUAUGUGAGUGAAAAGGAAAAUGUAUUUAGUGUAGUAGGGCAAUGGUUGCAGCAAUACAUAAUGCAAGACUGGGCAGGAUGCCGGUUAGCCACUGAACUUUUUCCUUGGCCCUGAGGUGUUCCUGGCUGGACAGUGGGGCUAGCUAAUCCCCAUUGUGUCACCCUAAGGUGAUUUAAUUAGUGCUCUGAACAGAUCAUUGUUAUCUGCUCUCAUCGCAGCAAUCAAUCAGUAUUCAAGAGACUAUCCCAGGCAUUCUUUUGGGUCCUGAUUACACAUCUAGCCUCUCCUAUAUUUUUGUUGGACCCCUGAAAAAGCUAUCAAUUCUUUGUCUCAGGCUUUCCAGCCAGCCUACCUCAUACUGCCUCAAGACCCAUUUCUGGGUAUAAAUAUUGGUCCUUUGGUCACUCAUUGUGUGCGUGUGUUCUGGAUCCAUGUGCUCGACCCCAUUUGUGUGGGGGCUCUUUUGCUCCUGAAAACACAAGUCAUUCUCCUUUCCAGCAUUGCUUCCCCAGGUCAUCUCUUCAAAACUGGUAACUAUUGCCCAUCCCUGAAACCCUAUCCAACGCCAUUCUUCUCUUAGCCAGGUCUUGUAUACUUAGUGUGUGUAUGCUUGUAUACUUGUAUACUUAGUGUGUGUAUUGUUUAAAAUAUAUUCCUUGUUUUCAUUCUUUUAUUAUUAAUAAAACUCACUUGUUAACCAUU